AUGAAGGGAGAGUUUGUUGCUGCCGCCCUGGCGGCGCUGGCCAGCGGCGUCUCGGCCGCUCACCACCGGCAUGCUCACGAGCACCUUUUCAAGAAGGGUCUGAACGAUACCGCCGCCGUUUGCACUCCCGGCUGUACCACCAUCUGGAAGACCAUCACUGGCGAACCUACACUCGUCCCCUCCACCAAGACCCAGACUCAGAUCCUCACAGUCACGCCCUCUCCAGAGACUUCUACCCAGGCUCCGCCUCCUCCCCCUCCGACGACCCAGGCUCCUCCGCCACCGCCUGCCACCACCGAGAUUGUUGUGGUGCCUACUCCCGUGGUUCGUACGUGCCCGACACCCGGUACAUACACCUUCCCGGCAACGACCGUCACUAUUCAGAAGACCACCACCGUCUGCGAUGCCACAUCUACCAAGGUUCCCUCUGGUACGCACACCAUCGGUGGUGUCACCACUGUUGUCGUGACGGCCACUACGGUCACCUGCCCCGUCGCUACUAUUCACACCAGCGGCAGCGUCACCACCAGCACCAUUGUCCAAACUACAUACGUCUGCCCUAGCGCCGGUACCUACACCAUUGCUCCCAUCACCACCACCGUGAGCGAGGCGACCGUCAUCGUCUAUCCCACUCCUGCCACCUACAAGCCGGGAACCUACACUGCUCCCCAGCAGGUUGUCACUGUUACCAAGACCGGCUACGUUACCAUCUGUCCGCUUACCAGCCAGGGCCUAUCAACCUCAACCUCAGCCCCGACUUCAACUUCAACUCCCGCCCCGGCCCUCACUUCUGUCAAGACCCAGGCUCCUUCCCCUCCUCUCGUCAAGACUACGGAAGCUCCCAAGAAGUCUCAGACUCCUCCCCCUCCCCCUCCUCCCGUCACGACCUCGGAGGCUCCCAAGAAGUCUCAGACUCCUCCCCCUUCCCUUCCCGUCACGACCUCGGAGGCUCCCAAGAGCUCCCAGGCUCCUCCCCCGAGCAACAACGGUGGUGAUCUGAUUAGCAAUAAUGACCAUCUAGGGAUGACCUACACUCCCUAUGUGGGCUCCACUGGCCAGUGCAAGACGGCCGAACAGGUCGACUCUGAUAUUUCAGCCAUCAAGCAAGCUGGUUUCUCUGUGGUUCGUGUCUACUCGACUGACUGCAACACACUGGAGAAUGUCGGCAAUGCCUGCUCCAAGCAUGGUGUUAAGAUGAUUGUCGGUGUCUUCGUCAAGUCCUCUGGUUGCAGCAUCAAUACUCCCGACAUCAAGGAGCAGGUUGAUAAGCUCGUUGCCUGGGGCAAGUGGGAUCUUGUCGUGCUCCUCGUUGUCGGUAACGAGGCCAUCAUGAACAACUAUUGCUCCCCCCAGGAACUCAAGCAAUUGAUUACCGACGUCAAGGGCAAGUGCUCUAGCAAAUUCAGUGGCAAGGUCACCAUCUCUGAGACUCUGAACAUCUGGCAGCGCGAGGACGUGUCCUCCAUGAUGUGCCCCUGCGUUGACAUUAUGGGUGCCAACAUUCACCCCUACUUCAACGACGCAGUCGCUCCUAGUGAGGCCGGUCAAUUUGUCCAGGGCCAGAUUAAUCUUCUUAAGAAUAUUUGCAACAAGGACGUCAUCACUCUAGAGGUCGGUUGGCCCUCUAGCGGUUCGAACAACGGCCUCGCCGUGGUUGGAUUCGAUGCGCAGUCCAUCGCUGUCAAGUCGAUCCGGGAGCAGUGCGGUAACAAGGUCAUCUUUUUCUCGUUGGAGAACGACCUAUGGAAGCAGAAGGGCAGCUGCGGUUGCGAGGACAGCUGGGGUCUCGGUGCCGCUUUCAACAUCAAGGUUUCAUCGUAG